AUGUCGACCAAAGACGCCCACGAUCCUUUUGCAACUCCGCUCGAGACCAUCACGCAUGACCCUCUUGCAGAGACCGCUGGGCUCAAGGCCGACUACGACAAGCGAGCGUACGGUGAAGCCAACCCAGCUCUGAUGGGCACGUUAGAGAAAGAUGACAUGGCUAACCGUCCGAUCGACGCCGUCGAAGAAGUGCCCACCACCUCGAUCCGCAAGUGGUGGGUGCGUCUAACCUGGUUUACCACCUGGUGGAUCCCGUCCUUUGUUCUCUCCAAGUGCGGGGGCAUGAAGCGUCCUGACGUCCAGAUGGCAUGGCGCGAAAAGUUUACCAUCUGCGCCAUCAUCUUCUGGUUGUGCGCCAUCAUCUUGUUCUAUAUCAUCGCCUUUGGUCGUCUCCUCUGUCCAGACUACGACAAGGCUUGGAACCUGAGCCAGCUCAGCCAACACGCGGGUGAAAACGACUACUAUGCUGCUGUUCGUGGUACGGUGUACGACUUUUCCAAGUUCUACAAGGGCGACCACUCGGACAUUACCAAUUUACAGACCAGCUCCGACCUCAUGCUCCAGCUCGCUGGCCAGGAUCUCACCGGCUACUUCCCCGUGCCGCUCAGUGUUGGCUGUCAGUCACUCGUCUCGGACACUUCGCUGGCGCUCAUGCCUACUGCCAACAACACGCCUCUCAUCUCGCAGGCCAUCCACACGUCGGGUCCUCUGCAAGGUGACACGUCGUCCAAGCUGCACGACAUCAACUGGUACCCAGAUCGCUUCCUUCCGUUUGUCAAGAAACUCCGAAAAGGUUACUACGUCUACUCGAAAAAGGACCUCGCCAACCAGGGCCAGUGGAGGAAUUGGGCCGUCAUCCACGGCAAGGUGUAUGACCUCUCGAACUACCUCAACACUGUCUCGACCUACCAGACCAACCCGGCCUACUCUUUCCUCGACUCGUCCAUCGUAUCGCUCUUCAAGUCGCAGGCGGGCAGUGACAUUACCGCCGAUUUCGAGGAUGCCAUGAGCACCUUUAACCAGACUUAUCGAGGCGCCACACAGGCGUGUCUGGACAAUGUCUUUUACGUAGGCAGAACCGACUUUCGUGACACGGCGCGAUGCGAGGUGCAAAACUAUCUGCUGCUAGCGUUUUCGGUGCUGCUCGUCACCACAGUUCUGGCCAAGUUUAUUGCAGCGCUCCAGCUGGGCACGAAGCGAUCGCCGGAGCAGCAAGACAAGUUUGUGAUUUGCCAGGUGCCCUGCUAUACUGAAGGCGAAGAGGAACUGCGCAAGACGAUCGAUUCGUUGGCUGGACUUGAGUACGACGACAAGCGAAAGCUGCUUUUCCUCAUUUGCGACGGAAUGAUUGUUGGUAGCGGAAACGAUCGUUCGACGCCACGCAUCGUACUCGACAUUUUGGGUGUGGACCCCAAGAUCGAUCCGGAGCCGCUCAUGUUCAAGUCGGUUGCCGAGGGCUCCAAGCAGCUCAACUAUGCCAAGGUAUACUCGGGUUUGUACGAGUUUGAGGGUCACGUGGUACCUUACAUUGUCGUCGUCAAGGUGGGUCGUCCGAGCGAACGCUCACGUCCCGGCAACCGAGGUAAGCGUGACUCGCAGAUCCUGCUGAUGCGCUACUUGAACCGCGUGCACUUUGACGCGCCCAUGUUCCCGCUGGAGCUCGAGAUUUACCAUCAAAUGAAGAACGUGAUUGGCAUCGACCCAGCUUUCUACGAAUACAUUCUCAUGGUCGACGCCGACACGCGCGUUGAAGCGGAUGGGCUGAACCGGCUGGUGGCCAACUGUGCCGACGAUUCGAGUAUCAUUGCCAUCUGCGGAGAGACGACGCUGGACAACGCCGAGGGUUCGUGGUGGACAAUGAUCCAGGUGUACGAGUACUAUAUUUCGCAUCAUCUUUCCAAGGCGUUCGAGUCGCUGUUUGGUAGCGUUACAUGUCUUCCAGGCUGUUUCUCGCUGUACCGAAUCCGCAGUUCGGACAAGGGACGUCCGCUGUUUAUCUCGAACCGCAUCAUUGACGACUACUCGGAGAACCGAGUAGACACUCUGCACAAGAAGAACCUGCUGCAUCUGGGUGAGGAUCGGUACCUGACGACGUUGGUGCUGAAAAACUUUCCGUCGUUCCGAACCAAGUUUGUUCCGGAUGCCAAGGCGCUGACGAGCGCGCCGGACCGGUUCGGCGUGCUGCUCUCGCAGCGUCGACGAUGGAUCAACUCGACAGUGCACAACCUGGCCGAGCUGGUGCUGAUGCCCGAGCUGUGCGGUUUUUGCCUGUUUUCGAUGCGAUUCAUCGUGUUUAUCGACUUGCUGGGAACGGUGAUUUUGCCAGCGACGGCCGUGUAUCUGGUGUACCUGAUUGUGACGGUGGCGACCAAGAGUGCGCCGAUUCCCUACAUUUCGAUCGCCAUGAUUGCGGCGGUGUACGGACUGCAGGCGAUUCUGUUUUUGCUGAAACGACAGUGGCAGUACAUUGGCUGGCUGGUCAUCUACAUUUUGGCGUAUCCGGUGUUUUCGUUUUUCCUACCCAUCUACUCGUUCUGGCACAUGGAUGACUUUUCGUGGGGCAACACGCGAAUUGUGGUGGGCGAAAAGGGCAACAAGAAGAUUGUGGCGGGUACGGACGACGAGCCGUACGACGAUACGAUGAUCCCGUUGAAGCGGUUCAGCGAGUACCAGCGUGAGGUGUGGGAGGAGGAAGCGGCGGCGCCGUCGAUGCGAUCGGGCAUGACGGGCGCGAGCGGACCUUUUGGCAACUCGCAGGCGAUUUUGCACAGCGGACCGCCGAGCGUGUACAGGGCGGGGGGCAGCGCGUACGCGGGCAGCGUGGCAGGCUCGGAUUACGGAGCAGGGCUAGGCGACUAUUAUCAAAACACCAACGUGUUGCAGAAGCCAGCACACUCGCGACAGACGUCGGCGGCUGCGCUGUCACAGAUGGGCGGAUCGCAGGCGGCAUCGAUGAUGUUUGGCACGGGCACGCCAUCGGUGUACGGCAUGGCGGGGAUGGGAUCGAUGUAUGGGAUGCCAGGAUCGUCGGCAUCGAUGUACGGACUGCCGAAUCCAAUGAUGAACACGACGGCAUCGAUGUACGGCCUGCCGCCGAUGCUGGCGAAUCCGCUCGGGGCAAACCAUUCGCCCGCGCACUCGGACAUUGGAGUGAGUAUGCCGGUGUCGCAGCAAAACACGGGAGGUAGCCACAUAUGGGCGCAGCCGCCCGAGGCAGCGACUGUGGCGGCGAAUAGUGGCAGGGGGAGCGGAAUGCAGGCGCGACCUGUUUCGACCUUGUCUGCGCUCAACGCAACGAAUCCGUUUGGUGUGACUGCCGUGGCGCGAGCUCUAGCAGUCAACGAGGCGUCGGACCCGACGGACGAAGAGAUCAAGUCGGCGGUACAAACCUACCUUGCCAAUCAGCCGAGCUUGAUGAAUGUGACGAAGCGAUCAGUGCGCGAGGCGUUAGUGGCGGCGUUCCCUAACGCGGAGCUGUCGUACAAAAAGUCGAUGAUCAACAAGGCCAUUGACGAUACACUGUCCGGUGGCGCACAAGCCUGA